GAGGAGCGGAGCGACUUCAUGGCGCCGCCGGUGAGCGGCCUGCGGGAACUGCGGAGCCGGCGCGGCGAGAUGCGGAGCCGGGUGGAGCUGCUGCUCAUGGAGACUCAGGCGCGGGUGUGCCGCGCGCUGGCGCAGCUGGACGGCGCCGCCGCCUUCUCCGUGGAUAGCUGGGAGCGCCAGGAGGGUGGUGGUGGCAUCAGCUGUGUGCUUCAGGAUGGCGAUAUCUUUGAGAAGGCAGGUGUUAAUGUGUCUGUAGUGUUUGGGCAUCUUUCUGAGGAAGCGGCACAACAGAUGAGAAGCAGAGGGAAAGCUCUGAAGACUAAAGAUGGUAAGCUACCAUUUUGUGCCAUGGGUGUAAGCUCUGUUAUCCACCCGAAGAAUCCUCAUGUUCCAACUAUACACUUCAACUACAGAUAUUUUGAAAUUGAACAAGCAGAUGGGUCUAAGCAGUGGUGGUUUGGUGGUGGAACUGACCUUACUCCAACUUAUUUGAACCAAGAGGAUGCCAUUCAUUUUCACGAAACUUUGAAAGAAGCUUGUGAUAAGCAUGGUCCAGAACUGUACCCCAAGUAUAAGAAAUGGUGUGACAACUAUUUUUAUAUCAAACAUCGCGGAGAGCGAAGAGGGAUUGGUGGCAUAUUCUUUGAUGAUCUAGACUCUCCCUCAAAAGAAGAAGUGUUUCAGUUUGUGCAGAGCUGUGCUGAAGCCAUUGUGCCCUGUUACAUUCCCAUUGUGGAGAAACACUGUCAUGAUUCUUUCACUCCUGAGGAAAAGUUAUGGCAGCAGCUUCGUAGAGGAAGGUAUGUCGAGUUCAAUCUUGUUUAUGACAGAGGUACAAAGUUUGGCCUUGCAACGCCAGGAUCCAGGAUUGAAAGCAUUCUUAUGUCUCUGCCCCUGACUGCCAGGUGGGAAUACAUGCACACACCACCAGAGAAUUCCAAGGAAGCUGAGAUCCUAGAAGUCCUGCGUAAUCCCAAGGACUGGGUACACUGACGAGCACUGUGAAGGGGCCCAGGCUGCCUGUGUUCGGCCCCAUGUAAAGGAUAUGAACUCUUGUCAAUCAGCCUACUCCAACUACCAUUGUGUGGCAGUGCAACAGCUCCAUUUUCAUAUUCUUAUGUGCCUUGAGGGUUGUAUGCUUGCUUAUCAUAUUUUACAAGGAGACAAAUUGUUUAGAAGCACCAAACUGGUGCUCACCCCUUGCUGCUGUUGCCUUCUAGAGGCUAUGAAACUCUAUCUUAUAUGUUCAGCAACACUCAACAUUUUGGCUAAACCCAACAUGAAAUAAACCACUUAGAAAUACUCCCGUAUGGGAUUAACAUAUUUGCCAAUCUUAAAGGGAAUUAGGUUUCUUUUUCUUUCCUUUUAUUUUUCAAGUUAUAAGACUUCUCAGGAAAUGUUUACAAUGUUUUUUAAAAAUAAUGUUCUGAUGCUUCAUAAUUAAAAGAGUUUCACCUGG